UCAAAGUUGCAAACAAAGAGAAAAGAAAGGGGCCUGUAAGGCUUGAGAUUCUAGGGCUUUCCCUUCGGAUCAGACGACGUUUACUUCUUCUUCUUCUUCUUCUUCUUCUUCUUCCAUCAGUGUGGUGAAAUUGAGAAAAAUGAGCGGAGUCGGGAAGAAAGUGGCGGAUGUGGCGUUCAAAGCGUCGAGGACAAUAGAUUGGGAAGGGAUGGCGAAGGUCCUUGUCACCGAUGAGGCUCGCAGAGAGUUCUCCAACCUCCGUCGUGCUUUCGAUGAGGUCAACACCCAGCUGCAGACCAAGUUCAGCCAGGAGCCUGAACCCAUUGAUUGGGAUUUCUACAGAAAGGGCAUUGGCUCUGGCGUUGUUGACAUGUACAAGGAAGCUUACGACAGCAUUGAGAUUCCUAAGUACGUGGACAAUGUUACCCCUGAAUACAAGCCAAAGUUUGAUGCUUUGCUGGUGGAACUCAAAGAAGCAGAACAUAAAUCUCUCAAGGAGUCUCAACGGCUGGAGAAAGAAAUUAUUGAUGUCCAGGAGAUAAGCAAAAAGCUCAGCACGAUGACUGCAGAUGAGUACUUUGAGAAGCACCCAGAACUCAAGAAGAAGUUUGAUGACGAGAUCCGUAACGACUACUGGGGAUACUGAUCAUCAUAUGUUCUGUAUCUCCGGUCUGGAAAUGAAACUCUCUCUUCUCUUUUUUCUUUUGAUGUGAUUUUGUGAGAGUCAAUCAUAACAUAAUAACGACCACUCCAUUUACGUAAGCAGUGUGUUGAGAUAUUUCAUUGGAGAUCCAAUGAGACGAUGACGAUAAAACCCAUUUGGUUUCAGUUGUCAAUGUCAUAAUAUUGUUUCGUUUUGUUCUAAAGAGAAUAAUAAGAGUUAAAAAGAUC